AGGGCCACAGCCGGAUCAGAGCGCGCCAGCCCGAGUGAGAGGACUCCGUUCCAGACGGAGAAGCCAGCUCCCUGCUGUGUGGCCUUGGGGUGGUGACAAAGCCGAGCCGGGGCAGCCGCGGCUCAUUGAUUUGUCUGAGAAGCUGUUGGCUUUUGAAAUGAGACAGGAAGGAGGGUUGAGGCGGAGCCCUGCACAGGAAGAGGUGAGGAGCCCAGCUGCCGUGACAGCCGGUGGGCUUGGGGGACUGCAGGAGCCGGCAGGCCGGAGCCCCCCUGCCCUGUGCAGUCAGUGCCUCCCCAUCCCUUCCAACAGGGCUUUGCUCCCGCCCCGCACAGAUCCCGAGGGCUCGGGGCCCAGCUGACCGGCCACAGAGAAUCUCAGGACAUCCUCGCCACCACGCAGCUGCCUCUGUCCCCUGGAGCAGGGCUGAGCCCGGGAGCACCAGGAUGGAGAACCCUCGGCCCCCCAGUCUCGGCAUCCCUAGGGAAAUGAGGUCUGGGAGACCCCUGGGCGAGGGAUGGCCGACCCCCACCCCCUGAGUUCGUGGGGCCCUGCCGGAGGAGCUGCUGUGGGCCGGACACCCCGCCCGCUGCAGGUCACAAAUGAGGACAGCACAGCACGAGGAGCUCAGGCGGCCUGCCCGGUGCCACACAGCCACUGCUGGCGGCCAUCGCGGACCCCAUGAGGAAGCAGGAGGUGCGGACCGGCGGGGAGGCAGGCCAGGGCCGAGGCCCCGGCUCCCCGGCUGGGCAAGUGAAAGCCCUCGUGGACCUGCUGGCCGGGAAGAGCAGUCAGGGCUCCCAGGCCCCAGAGCCCCUGGACAGGGCGCCACAGGCCCCCCUAGGGCCUCACGGUGACGACUCGAGGACACAGAAGUGCCGGGAGGCUCUGCUGAACAGGGCGAGAGGCGGCCCCCCGCCCAGGCUGACCAGCCUCCUGCUGCUGGAGGGGCUGACAGACCUACAGCUGAGGGAACAUGACUUCACACAGGUGGAGACCACGCGUGGGGCCUGGCGCCCGGCCAGGAGCCUCACCCUGGACAGACUCUUCCUGCCUCUGUCUCGGGUGUCUAUCCCCCCCCGAAUCUCCAUCACCAUCGGGGUAGCUGGCGUGGGCAAGACCACCCUGGUGAGGAACUUUGUCCAGCUCUGGGCCCGGGGACAGGUCGCCAAGGACUUCUCCCUGGUGCUCCCCUUGACCUUCCGAGAUCUCAACACCCACGAGAAGCUGUCUGCGGACAGGCUCGUCCGCUCCGUCUUCUCGCACAUCGGGGAGUCCGGCCCGGCGGCGGAAGCCCCACCCAAAACCCUCCUGAUCCUGGAUGGCCUGGAUGAGUGCAAGACGCCUCUGGACUUCUCAAACACCGUGGCCUGCACGGACCCCAAGAAGGAGAUCCAGGUGGACCAUCUGAUCACCAACAUCAUCCGGGGCAACCUAUUCCCAGAAGUCUCUGUCUGGGUCACUUCCCGCCCCAGCGUGGCCGGCCAGAUCCCGGGGGGCCUGGUAGACCGGAUGACAGAGAUCCGGGGCUUUGACGAGGAGGAGAUCAAGGCGUGUCUGGAGGAGAUGUUCCCCGAGGACCACACCCUCUCCGACUGGGUCCUGAGGCAGGUGCGGGCGGACAGGGCCCUGUACCUGAUGUGCACGGUCCCAGCCUUCUGCCGGAUUGCGGGGUCGGCCCUGGGUCACCUGCGCCACAGCGGGCCGGGGCCCCAGGACGCCGGGCGGCAGGCUCCGAGGACCCUGUGCGAGCUCUACUCUUGGUACUUCAGGAUGGCCCUCGGCGGGGACGGGCAGGAGAAGGGCAAGGCGAGCCCUCGCAUCGAGCAGGUGGCCCACAGCUGCCGCAAGAUGGUGGCCACUCUGGGGCGGCUGGCCUUCCACGGGCUGGUCAGGAAGAAGUACGUGUUCUACGAGCAGGACCUGAAGGCGUUUGGCGUGGAUCUCGCUCUGCUGCAGAGCGGCCUGUGCAGCCGCUUCCUGCAGCGGGAAGAGACGCUGGCCGCGUCGACAGCCUACUGCUUCACGCACCUGUCCCUGCAGGAGUUUGUGGCGGCCGCGUAUUACUACGCUGCCUCCAGGCGGGCUAUCUUCGACCUCUUCGCCGAGGGUGGCGUGUCCUGGCCCCGCCUCGGCUUCCUCACACACUUCAGGAGCGCGGCCCAGCGGGCCAUGCAGGCCGAGGACGGGCGGCUGGAUGUGUUCCUGCGCUUCCUCUCAGGACUCCUCUCCCCCGGGGUCAACGCCCUGCUGGCAGGCUCCCUGCUGGUGCAGGGGGAGCACCAGGGCUACGGGGCCCAGGCGGCCGAGCUCCUGCAGGGCUGCCUGCGCCCCGACGUGGCGGUGUGCGCCCGGGCCGUCAACGUCCUGCACUGCCUGCACGAGCUGCGGCACACGGAGCUGGCCCGCGGCGUGGAGGAGGCCAUGCAGAGCGGCAGCCUGGCGGGGCUGACCGGCCCCCGGCACCACGCGGCCCUGGCCUACCUCCUGCAGGUGUCAGACGCCUGCGUCCAGGAGGCCAACCUGUCCCUGUGCCUCAGCAAGGGCGUCCUCCAGAGCCUGCUGCCCCAGCUGCUCUACUGCCGGAGCCUGAGGCUGGACAACAACCAGUUCCAGGACCCCGUGAUGGAGCUGCUGGGCAGCGUGCUGAGCGGGAAGGACUGUCGCAUUCAGAGGAUCAGCUUGGCUGAGAACCAGAUCAGUAACAAAGGGGCCAAAGCUCUGGCCAGAUCCCUCCUGGUCAACAGAAGUCUGACCGCUCUGGACCUCCGCAGUAACUCCAUCGGACCUCAAGGGGCCAAGGCUCUGGCAGAUGCUCUGAAGAUUAACCGCACUCUGGCCUUUCUGAGCCUCCAGAACAAUGCCAUCAGGGAUAACGGUGCCAGGUUUGUGGCUGAGGCCUUGGCCGCCAACCGGACCCUCUCUGUGCUACACCUGCAGAAGAAUACCAUCGGGCCUCUGGGAGCCCAGCAGACGGCAGAUGCCCUGAAGCAGAACAGGAGUCUGAAGGAGCUCAUAUUCUCCAGUAACAGCAUUGGUGAUAAAGGUGCCGAGGCCCUGGCUAAGGCCCUGAAGGUGAACCAGGGCCUGGAGAGCCUGGACCUGCAGAGCAAUUCCAUCAGUGACGCAGGUGUGGCGGCGCUGAUGGGGGCCCUCUGCACCAACCAGACCCUCAUCAGCCUCAACCUGCGAGAAAACUCCAUCAGCUCAGAGGGAGCCCGGGACCUGGCUCAAGCUCUCUGCAGCAACAGCACCCUGAAAAAUCUGGAGUACCCUGACAGCCAACCUCCUCCACGACCAGGGCGCCCAGGCCAUCGCGCUGGCAGUGAGAGAAAACCGGGCCCUCACAUCCCUCCACCUGCAGUGGAACUUCAUCCAGGCCGGUGCGGCCAAGGCCCUGGGACAAGCACUACAACUCAACCGGAGCCUGACCGGCCUCGAUUUGCAGGAGAACGCCAUCGGGGACGAGGGCGCCUCCGCACUGGCCAGCGCACUAAAGGCCAACACGGCCCUCACCGCUCUCUAUCUGCAGGUGGCCUCCAUUGGUGCCCGGGGGGCCCAGGCGCUAGGGGAUGCCCUGGCUGUGAACAGGACCUUGGAGAUUCUCGACUUAAGAGGAAACGCCAUCGGGGUGGCCGGAGCCAAAGCCCUGGCAAAUGCUCUGAAGGUCAACUCAAGUCUCCGAAGACUCAAUCUUCAAGAGAAUUCCUUGGGGAUGGAUGGGGCGAUAUGCGUUGCCACGGCACUCUCUGGGAACCAUGGCCUCCAGCACAUCAACCUCCAGGGAAAUCACAUUGGGGAGUCUGGCGCCAGGAUGAUCUCGGAGGCUAUCAAGACCAACGCUCCUUCGUGCACUGUUGAAAUGUGAGCGCAAACGUGCCUGGUGGAUCAGGCGAGAGAACACAGAAGCAACUGGAAGCUUUUGAACAAAAACUCCCCGUCCAAGGCCCGUCCCUGUGGUCUGGGAACGAUGCUGACCUGCACAAAAGCUGGUCUCCUGCAAGAAGCAGGAGGGAUGCUGCCAAAGGGGUUGGGAGCACCUCUCCCGGCCCGGGUUUCGACCAGGCAGGGGUGACGCAGAUUCCCUGCUGUGGCACAGAGGAGGGAAGGUGUCUGCCACGGGACGCAGGGACAUAGGCCUUAAAACCCAGGCGGUGAGAAGCGGGCGUGAGCUUCUUCAUACCCCGAGGUCUUCACGCGCCCCUUUUGUUUUCAUUGUCUUUUUCCACUGGUUAAAAUCAUCCCCUCACUCUAAAGUGAGCUGUCACCUUCAAGCCUAUGCAGAGUAUCCGUUUGGCACGGGUGACAGAAGGGACCUUCCUUUUCUCAAGAAGAACAGAAGGUUUUAGGAGUAUGAUCCUCAGAGAUACACGGAAAAACUGUGAGAAUUGUUUUGAAGAGAAAUUAAGGCUUUGAGUUAUAAAAUUCCGGACACAGAGACUAAGCUCUCCAAGGUUUUUGCCGUCUUUGAUCCGUUACCAAAUCUCUCAAAGGCAAGGAUUACGUCCGACACACGUUAUGUGGGGUCUGGCACACUGGUCGUCAAUAGCGUGUUACAUGUUGACGCCUCAAUGUUAUUCUACAGCCGGCUUCCCAGACCGCUGCUGCGCCUGCAGCGUCCCCAUGAAGGCGACAUCAGGCUUCCCAGACCCCUGCUGUGCCUCUCGUGUCCCCAUGCAGGCGAGCAAGCUGAGUUCCAUGUGGCACAAAUUCCCUCAGGGGUUGGUUGGUCUGUGAUGAAAGGAAAAAGUUCCCAAGUGGACACCACAGUUCUCACCAACUAAAAAACCAAGGAAAAUGCUUAUCAAGAUUUUACAGUUUGAACACGAAUCGAUGUUGUUCUCAAUGUUCCCUUAAAAAUGAGUAUUCGGGCAAGAAUCCUCAACGUACGCUAAAACCAUGGGUGACAGCCUAUCGAGGAAGAAGCUAUCCACCCCAAAGGGAUACUUACAAAGGAGAAUUAUCAAAAUAUCACCCCACAUGGGGCAUUUACAAAGGGGAAAAAGAUAUCUUUAAAGAUGGAAAAUUUGGCAAAUGCUUUCUUAACAACGUGGUCAAACUUACCAUCAGCACGAAUGGGAGAAAUUGCCAUCACGUGCUCCUGAUGGGAGGUGCUGACGACACAUCGCCGAUGCAGUAUUCUCACCAAAAAUAUGGAUUUGACUCUAAUCGGGAAGGAGCAGUCAGACAAAAUCCAAAUCGAGAGGCAUUCUGCAAAAAACAAUAGCCUGACCUCUUCAAAAAUAUCAAUGUCAUGAAAAAUACAAAAGGCCGGGGACUGUCUUAAAUUGUAGAUUAAACAGACAUGACAACUUAACGCAGGAUCUCUGACUGGAUCCUCGACUGCAGAGAAACAAUCAGCUGUAAAGAAAAGUAUUUGGAAAUGGGAGACAUUUGAAUAUGGGUCUUGGGUAGUAUUUAUUUGGAUUACUGGGUUUUGAAAGUUAUUUUUGCUACAUAUAGAACUUCAGAAUGGUUUUUGGCCCUUAGUACUCUCAAGGUGUGGCCAUGCUGUCUUCCGGUUUGCGCAGCUUCUGGCUGAGUGGAGAACUCGACAGAAAAAAAGAUGUGGUAGCCAAAUGCCGGAGAAAGCCGUGCCCUGCAGGAACCUAGCCACCAAAGAAACCUCAGGGGCCAAAGCAGCGGAGAAAAAUCGUGCUCUCCAGGGACUCCGGGAGCAAGCCACCUCCCUAGCAGCCUACUGACAAGGCUCUAUAUGUCGCCAGCCAGCAAAGGAGAGAGAUUUACAAGGAAUAGCUCUGUUAUCACAGAGCAGACCAAACGGUGAACUGGAGCGAGGCAACAAACCCAUAAACAGCA